AUGCAGUUCUUCAUCGCCCUCAUCACCCUCGCUGCGACUACCGUGAUCGCCUCCGCUGCUAACCUCAACGUUGAGCGUGAAGCUGUCGAUACUCUUAUCAAAAAUCCCAACAACCCUGCCGACCUUGUCAACUGCCCUCCUCACGGUGGAGCCGAUGCGUGCCAUCUCGAGCAGCCUUGCAAACGCAUUCGUAUCAACUACGGUAGCCCCAAGGGAGGACACUACAUCUGGUACAACUACGACAUCACCGACAUCCCCUCUGGUGUCGAAAUCGGCACUGAGGUUUCGUGCACGGACUACUAG